ACGCGCCGUGCGUGCGUAAACCAGCGCCAAGAUGGCGGCGGGGACCAGCCAUUGGUUGCUGUUACGCUAUCAGGCGCCAUUCCUACCGCCCGAAUUCCUCCCGCCGGACCGAAGGGCCUGGAGGCCGCUCUGUGGGCGUCAGCAGGUCGAAAAACACCGACUUUACCUCAGGAAUUUAUUGGCCGGGCCGAGCUGCGGGGGGUUGGCUGGAGGGGGAGGCAUUUCAGCGGCUGUCGUUGUUCGUUCGAGGGGCCCAUGGGGACCUGAGGCGGAGGGAGGUAAUGCUCGGCCGGAUUGUCUCCUUGGCGACGGCCAGGGAGAUCGUGGCGUUAUUGAGCGAUGUUUCCCCCCCUCCAUCCCUUUUUUUUAAAUAAGCACUUUUUAUUCCAGGGGGUGGGGAAAAACCACGAGCGCUGGGGGAAAAAAAAUCCCUUGUGUUCGUCAACAGCCAUCUUUCCAUGACAUGAAGUGAGCCUUGGUCUAAAUGGGUCCAGUCAUGCCUCCCAGUAAGAAGCCAGAAGGCUCUGGAAUUAGUGUUUCGAGUGGACUGAGCCAGUGUUACCCAGGAAGUUCACUAACCAAGGCGUUCCAGGAAGUUGAGGAACUGGACAUUACGAGCAGUUAUUUGCCUGCCAUCCAUUUGGAAAAAGUAGCCAUGGAGGAUGAAGAGUUAACAAACCUGAACUGGCUGCAUGAGAGCAAAAACCUGCUCAAAAGUUUUGGGGACACUGUACUUCGUAGUGUUAGCCCGGUUCAGGAUAUCGAUGAGGAUACUCCACCAUCCCCUGCUCAUUCUGACCAGCCAUAUGAUGCCAAGCAGAACCCUAACUGUAAACCACCUUAUUCUUUUAGCUGUCUCAUAUUUAUGGCUAUUGAAGAUUCACCCAGCAAACGCCUGCCUGUUAAGGAUAUAUACAACUGGAUCCUAGAACAUUUCCCUUACUUUGCAAAUGCUCCGACUGGGUGGAAAAAUUCUGUUAGACAUAAUUUGUCAUUGAAUAAAUGUUUCAAGAAAGUAGACAAGGACAGGAGUCAGAGUAUUGGGAAAGGCUCCUUAUGGUGUAUAGACCCAGAGUACAGACAAAACCUCAUUCAGGCUUUGAAAAAGACACCCUACCAUCCUUAUUCUCAUGUUUUUAACACGCCUCCCACUUCCCCACGAGGAUAUCAAAGCACAUCAAGUCCACCCCGUUGGCCAGGAAGUGCUUUCUUUAAGAAGAAUGGAGCGCUCCAAGAUUCUGAUAUUGAUGCAGCCACUGCCAUGAUGCUGCUGAAUUCUUCCCCUGAGGUGAAAGGAGCAGAAUAUGCUGUAGGAGUUAUGCCAAAUGGAGGUCGAGCAUACAGUCGAGGGCCAUUCAUCGGUAUGAAGCCACUGCCAAUUAAUAACAUUGGAAGUAUGGCUGCAGCAGUAAGGAAUGGAAUUGCAAACUGUCGGAUGCGGAAUGAUAGCGAACAGUCCUGUGGCUCCCCUGUUGUCAGCAGCGACCCUAAAGAAGAUCACAACUACAGUGUCGCAAAAUCUUCCAAUCACAGGAGUACAUCCCCCACCAGCGACUCUACAUCUUCUUCCUCUGCCGAUGACCACUACGAGUUUGCCACGAAGGUUAGCCACGAUGGGAGUGAGGCCAGUGAAGGGAGUUACCACUGCCAUGAGAGUUACAGCGAGACAGAAGAUGAAGAGAGAAAAAACAAAAAGGAAAGCAAGGAUUCCUUAGCAGACAGUGGGUACUUAUCCCAGCACACAAAACGGCAGCACAUGACAAAAGCAAAAAAAAAUGCAACUGAGACACUACCACUUAAAAAGAGGCGCACAGAAAAACCACCAGAAAGUGAUGAUGAGGAAAUGAAAGAGGCAGCAGGUUCACUCCUGCACUUGGCAGGGAUUCGCUCCUGUUUGGAUAACAUCACAAACCGCACUUCAAAAGGGCAGAAAGAGCAACAACAUUCGGCAAAAAAUUAAGACAAUAAUGCACAGCCUCUUUAAGAUUGUUGGCAGAAAUUUAUUUUCUUUCAGCACGUCAGGUGAAUUAUAAUGAUUUGUGGCAAUAUCAGCAAUCACUUUGUUUUCCUAUUUUAAGCCCCCUUGAGUUUUUUUAAAUAUAUAAAAAAUAAUUUUUGUUUAAGGAGAUUGAAGCCAUAGCAAAACUUUUACUGACACUCAGCUAAUUUGCAAAAGCUUUUCAUUGACUGACAACAAAGCCAAAAUCACUGCACCUUUUCUCUCUCCUCCUCUUUCUCUUCCCCUCCCCCUCCCCCACCUCUCUGUUCAUUCUUUCAACCUGACAAUACAGGUGCAUGCAGGAUGCAUUACACUGACACAUGUUGAGUUUGCAUUUCGAAUCCCGCAUUGUUGUAAUGUGAAAGGAUGGGUUGGUGAUGGACUGUUCAUAUCCAGCCAUACAAAAUGACAGCCAGCCUGAACAGCACAAUGACCAAGAGCCACCUGUGGUAUCUGGACAAAAAGAAGAAAAUUAAUGUGCUGCUAAGGACUGUGAUGGAUUCAUUGGAGGCAACUGCACUUAAGUACCAGAGAUCUGGGUCUUUUAACAGGAGAGCAGAUGAUGGCCAUCAUUAUUAGGCAAAUCAAAACAGGGAAGAACUGUCUAUUUAAAGUUUUAAAAAGUAAUGCUGCCAUUGGUCAGUUCCACAAAUUUGUCAUCUUAAACCCCAAAUGCGCACACACAUGUUCAAAGCCAUAUGCCUGAUGGAUGGCACUGCGUGCAAAGAGAAAGAAAACACACAGCAUUUGAAACUGCCUGAGUGACGUAAAAGCAAUCAAGUCUUGCAAAGAAAUUCAUAAUCAAGCGAUAAUAUGAUAGUGAUACUGAUUCAUCCUGACAGAUCGAAACAUUUUGAUCUGGCUAUGAUGACGAAGACAGCAAAACGAUAAAAAGAGAAAAAAAGCUCUAAAGCCUGCCAUUAGUAUUAUUCUGAAACAGAAUUGCUGAACAGUGAUAUCAGUGAGCUCCUCCACUGCCCUGGAACUGGAGUAAGCAUCUCUCUCAGUCAGGAUAUGUGUAUGAUAAAAGACCAUUGAUUUUGGAAUAUAACCUACGUAGCCAGCAGGAUUAUUCAAUCCAUGUUGCAUGGGUUCUUUGAACAAAAACUUUGCUUUUUAUUCAAAGACGAAAAAAAGUUCAUGUAAGGUAAAUAAUGUAUUUAGCAUGAGCAUGAAUUAUUUUCAUAUAAAUAUAGAAAAUAGAGAAAAGGCUAUGCCUCUAAUUUUUAAGCCCUUAGGCCUAGUUUGUUUUUUGAAGCAGGUGAUGAGGUUUAACCUUUUUUUCAGGGAAAAAAAAACUGACUGUUGGGGAACUUACUCUGCAAUAUGAAGACUUCACAUUUCUGGUAGGGCUUGGAUGGUUGAGUAUACUGCCUUGUCUGCAUAUUCAAGCCCCACUAGAGGCUUGUAAGAUAAACAGAACAGUGACAGGUAACAUAUAAGUGUGUCCCCCAGUAUAGAGUGGGAAGGGAUUGGGAGGGAUGGGAUAUGGGGGUGGGGAGGAAAAUAAGUCUCUGUUCUCACCUAGUCAGUAGUGAGUGUGCAUGAUUUAUCUAAUCUCCUCAAAUUUUUCUGUUAAAUAUUUGGGGUAGAGUGAUGUAUUGAAUAUCAAUAUCAUAUAUUGGCAAUAUGUCACAAAACAGCACUUAGCAGUGCUGCUCAUUAUAAUGAUCAGAAGAAAGGUAAACACCACCUUUUUUGUUUAUACAACUGUUUUGUCAGCAUUUUUUUUCAAAAAAAGAAUUUGAUAAAACAGGAACCAUAAGAGCAACUGAUUAAUUUUGUGUUAUUUUGGCAAUUGUUGGAUUCAUAAUUUUUAUUUAAUUGAAACUUUAUGUUGGAGAUCAAGAAAGAAAUUGUGUGCAGCCAACGUGAUUAACAAAUUGCAUUGGUUAUUGAGUAACACACCAAAUCUUUCUGUAAUUUGUCUCAGAAAUUAGGAAGCCUGGCAUUUUCUCAGAUUAGCCUGCCUUGAUUAAAAAUAAAGGUGUUCAUUCACACUCACUGCUCGACAUUUUCCUUCUGAAAACCUUUAACCAGGCGAUCAAAUCCAAUCAUUUUAAUUUUUGGCCAAUGUAUCUCAGUUUAAAAUUACCGAUAGAUUGUGACUCUACCUGAAAAUGCUGAGUUAAAUAAUAGCCGUUAUGGAAAGAGUCCAAUCAGAACUUUCUCUUGUAAUUCUUCACAGACAUACAAAGGAGAACAGUGCAAGUGCAUUCUGCAAAACCUAUCUUGGGCUAUGUUUAUAUAAUAGUGAAUGCUUUGUGACCAGGGUGUUGAGUAAAAAUAGUUCGAAGUUUUAAUUUUUUUAAAAAAUUGGUUUAUUAACAUUGGUAAAGGGGAAGCUGCCUUUUUAAACUACUACAAUAAUAGAUUAUAUGCGCAAAUCUUUACUCUGAAGGCUUUAGAAAUCAUGUGCAUUAAUAUUCCAUGGCAGGCAGAAAUCUGCAAUGACAAGGUGAAAGACUUGAAAUUAGGAGAUGAAAGUGGUAACUAAAGCUUUAACCUCCAUAGUGAUAUUUUGAAAUAAACCACUCGUGACCAAAAACAUCCAAGCAAAAGCUACAAGUUCUUCUUUGGUUAGUUCGCUUAUCCUAUGGGAUAAUGAAAGCCAUAGAACUGGAAAGCAUCAGGAUGCUAGCUUCCUAAAUACAAAAAGCAGAAUUUAUCCCAAAGUAAGAUGGUGAAAAAAAUCUGAAAUGAAUCUUUGAAAUUUCAAAAUCAUCUUCCUGCUCAGAUUUGAAGUUUGCACUUGACCGUAUACCAGGGUCCUUCCUAUCUAUCUUAAGUACUGCUUCAAAUUGAAAUGCGUAAACGAUCAUUUGUUUCUGCUGAGUUAGACUCUGAAGCAGAAAUUGGGGAAAGACGAUUAAUUUAAAAUAAACUGGAAUUAUGAUGAGAAAUAAAAAUACCAUCCCUCGUUAAUGCAUCCCUCCCCAUCCACAGUCUGGUGAAAUCCAUGAGAGCAGUGAAGCGACAUGGGAAGAGCUAAACUAGUGAGUAGUCAAUACUUAUCAGGGGUUCUGUGCUUUGGUACACACCAGUUGAUAACAGUUGGUAACAGAAGCAGGCAUUACUGCAAAGUCACGAAAGCAAGCAGUUCAAACAGAUAAAGGUUGAAGUUACAUAGAUUACUCAACAUUUGAAAUGGGAAACCGCAGUGACAUUUCAAGUGUGAUACUAAAGGAAUAGCAUCACCAAAAUGUUCCAGGUUUUGACUAAACCAUACCUCCUUUCUGUCUUUUAACAACACUGAUCAUGGUUGAGUUGUUCUUGAGUCCCGCUAUCAAAUCAGAACACGUCUUUUAAAUGUGCUUUGAAACCUUUGAUUUGGAUGGGCUAGCAGCUUGUUUCAAUAAUGUCAACCAUUAAGGUGUUCACAGUUUCCUUUGAGAAGCCACAUGUUUCAUCAAAAUGAACAAACUCUUACCGGCGUCAGACGUGAUCAACCAUUUAAGGAGUUGAUUUUGUAGUCACAAACAAGGCUAAUGAAAUAAGCAAAGAACCCCAAUUUUAGAAGAUGGACCCUCUAUCUGAUACUUAUCCAAUUGCUACCAAUGAAUUGUUUUUUAAAAAAAGAAUAUUGGAGAAACUCAACAGGUCUGACAGCAUCUGUGGAGAGAGACAGAGUGUUAACAUUUCUCAAGUCCAGUGGGCUCAAAACAUUAACUCUUGUCUCUUACCACAGAUGCUGCCAAACCUGCUGAGUUUCUCCAGAAUUCUCCAUUUGUUUUAGAUUUCCAACAUUGGCAGUAUUUUGCUUUUAUUUGCCCACUCCAAAUCUUGUUACUGGUUGGAAAAAAUCAAGAAUCUCUGCCGCUGACAUGAGGAGAUCCCUUUCCAAAGUCUUUGCCAGCAGCAGCAAACUUAACCUCUGCAUAGCAUAGUUUUAACAAUGCAGUUUUCACCUAACUUCCUUAUCCUGCAUAAAUUGAGGAAGGAAAGAGAUUUCCAUCAUAUUGGAAUUACUGUUCAUAUUCUCAUUCUGGACAUCAAAAAAACUUCAAAACGUUUUUAAUGUCUAAUUGAACUAAAACUCCAUGCCCCAAUGUGGAGUAAGAGUGCAUUCAAUAAUAGAGUGGAGCUUACUGUCAGCUAAUUGAAGUGGUUAACCUUGAUGAGGCACUUUUGUGUGGCUAAUUACUCCCAUAUAGGCUAUCCUCAGACAUCUGUUUGAUAAUUACAGGGUAAUACCAUGGAGUAACUGUCAAACUCUUGAGCAGUUUGGGAAAUUAGUGCUGGUUUCUGCUUUAUGUGAAAAAGGACUAAGCCCUCCUUCCAGUGAUUUUGUUAAUCUGAGGAAGAUAUCCAAUAGAACGUUUAAAAAAAAAGUAGAUUAAAAACUGAAAAAAAACCUGCAGAUGCUGGAAAUCAGAAACAAAAGCAGAAAUUGCUGGAAAAACUCAGAAGGUCUUGUAGCAUCUGUGGAGAGAAAUCAGAAUUAAUGUUUUGGACCCUUCCUCAAAAAAAUAUAGAUUGCCUUUUUGUUGCACAUGCUUUCAGUGAAGUUAUCCUUGGCAUUCCAUAUAUUCUACCUUCCUUUCUUUCAAUGCAGUUUCUAAUUUAUGUACUAGAUUCCUGAAAUUCAGCAUUUAAACUAUUAGAUUAAUAAUACAACACUGCAACAUGGUUCUGUGAUUACAUUACUAUCACUGGGGAGAUGAAUUUGGGUCUAAUUGCUGAAAGUUUAAACCUGCAGCAAUGACUUUGCAUUAAACAAUAUUGGAAAUUGUCAAAUAACAAUAUCAAAAAGGAAACUAGUGUACAGAAUGGGCAAGGUGUAAUUUAGUGGUACCAAACUAUCACAUCAAGGUAUUUGUGACUAUAGCAACUUUGUGAAGCAUAACUUCAAAGAUUGUCGAGCGCUAUAUCAAAGGCAAGGAGUCUACUUUAAUAGUUACAUGAGAGGCCAAGUUUGUUUACUUUGGUAUUUAAUGAUUUAUUAACUGCCAUUUUCUUGUUUUCAAGAAGUAUGUUGAAUUUUUAAAAUAGUUUUCUUUUCACAAUGUGAGCAGUCAGAAGGCACGGGCAAUCAACCAACCUUGGAGAAAUAUGACAAAGUCAACACAGAGGCAUACUUGCAUUCUACAUUUCCUUAAUGUUUAAUCAUUUUGCCAAAGACAAAAAAAAAUCAAUUGUAAAUAUCAUUUGUCCAUAUAUGAGAAAAGACUUUCUUGAACCUACCAUAAAGUUUCUGUGAUGUAUUGUCUUCCAGUUGCAAUAAAAAAAUUACAAGUUGCAUUAAUUGAAAAAAA